CCCACGUACUCUCUUCCCGUCUCCCAAGCCCUCGAUUCCCCCACACGGCCACACCCGCGGCCGCUCGCCGUCCUCCGCCCGUCGGCCCUGCCUCCGCGGUAGCAGCAGCCGCCGCGGCAUUGCGGCUCGCUGGCCCCUCCGCAACUGCAGCCAUCGUAGCUCGUGGCUCGCCGGGCCCAGUCCCAAGCUCGCUACUCCUCGGCUCCCUCAGUGGCUGCCCCGGUGGAGGUGCCCGGGGAGGAGAAGAAGCGGGAACGAAUGGCGCGGUGGAAGCGUCGGCAGCACAAGGGCGCGGCGGGUCAGCACUCAGCAGCAGUCCCAUCGCCGGUAAGUCCUUACACCCUGAUUUCUUUCUUCCUGAGAAUGAUAGACUGAUAGCUACUUAAUUUUUUCUUUUUUGCGAAAGAUAGCUACUCAAUUGACCUGAGACUUGACCCUUUUCUAAAACGCGGUUACAGUGUCUGAACUCUGAACCAACCCAAAGAGAUGCCAAUUUUGCGGUCUCUGAAUUUGACCCCCAUCAAUUAUAGCUAGCUAGUUGCUGCAUUGAGUUACAAUUGGAACUAAUCACCAAGGUCACGCAGUUAGUGUAUCUAGCAAUAUGCCAAUAUACUAGUAUCAUGCACGGCAGAGGGGAUCCUAGAGUCCACAGUGAUACCAUGUUAAUUUGUGCUUCUUCUUUUUUUCUAGCUCUGCUUUGUAUUGGAGUCACACUUUUGGUUUGUCUUCUUAGGGAGCUUAAUUCUGCUGGUCUUUUGUCUUGCCAUCCGUUGAAUCUGCAUUUGUAAUAUCCACUAAAGCAAAUAUUUGUGUCAUUGUGUGGUUGGUUAGUAAAAGGAUUAUUUAAAUGUAUAUUUUUUCUGGCUUAUAUUAAUACCAUAAUCAUUCAGGGCCUUCAGGCCAUCGCCUUGUUGGCUGUCCUUCGACAAGCAUGGAUGCCAUGUGGGUCGUGAAUGAUAGCUAGUUAGCUACUCUGGUUAGCACUUCCCAGAGCUCACUAAAAUAAUGAUAGAUCUGAUACAAAUCCACUACUCCCGCCGAUUCGUAAGGAGGGAUUCAUAAUAAGUGUCGCUGAUUUGGAAGCCUCAUGGUUUGCUUGACCAUGGUCCAUCUGCGUGGCUGCAGCUGCUUGGUGGGUGCUUCACUGAAAUUUAUUUUAUUUUGGUGGUGGUGGUGGGGGGCUCCAUUAGUCCAGGAAUAUAAAGCGCAUGGUUUUAAGGAUAAUGUUGCCUUGUAGUACUAUAUAUCUAGAGAGGUAGCAACAAGUGGGUGUACAGCUAGCCAGCCCAAGUGGCUGCUGUCCUAGCUCACCAAUUCUGAAUAUGCCUUCCUGCUUGUCGAAACUCAACAACCUCUUCCAUCUGUAUGUACUUACAUCCUCUUCUUCCUUCUCCGAAGAUCAGAAGAGUUUCAUAGCAUGCAGCAGUCACACUUCCUCACUUCUGACAACACAUUCACUGUAGCUAUUCUCCAUGUCUCUGCUCUACAUAUGCACCAACUGACACUUAAGAUUUACAGGAACCGAAACAAAUACAACUUUGUAUUUGUUACUUACCUGGAUUGUUCUUGGUACUCUUAAAAGAAGUAAAAGAAACGGAGGUACACCUUAUAAUAUUGAAAUAGAAAUUAACUUGGGAAUAUAACUGGUGAUCGUAGGAGAAUGCAAGGGACUUCCACAGAUAUCUGCAGCAUCUGACUAUCAUGGUGUUGUCAGAUUUUAUCUAAGAAACCUCUCGGUCUCCACAAUCAGAAGAACUACUAAAUAAAAUAGGGAUGAAUCAUAAAUCUUGGGGUCUAUCAAUCUUCACAAAUAAAAAAUUCAAAUAAAAAAACCAAAUCAUGAGAAAAUCAGCCUUAUAUCUGACAAAUCCUCUGAAUAUUUUGGUUCAUGACCACUCAAUCAAGAUCACAUAGGGCGGGCAGAGAUCAGAGCUGCAGAAGCUGCAGCCUGGAAGAUCUAUCUCCUGGUGAACUCGAGGCUGCGACGGUGAUCGAGACAAUUGAAAGAAAAGGGAAUAACAUAAGGAGAUAUUACCUGCUCAUAGGCAAAUAAGUCCUCGGCGCUGUCCAAAUCAAGGUAGGAGUGUGAGGACAUGUACAUGAAGCGGCGGGCUAUGGAGAUGGGGGUUCCUGACGGGAUAACAUCAGAGACGCGGGAGACAGUGCUAGCUGCAGUGCCGAUCGGCCGUGCCGGAACUGUCCAUGCAGGAUGCUAGCCUUGGCGGACGAGCACGGAGCUGCGGAGCAGGUGAAGCAGGGUCCCUUCUCCAUCUUGCGGAUCAUCCCUUCUCCAUCUUGUUGAUCACGGCGGCAUGACCCAGAUGAUGCCUAGCGCGAGCGAGCCGGCAUGGCGAGUGUCCACGUCGUCGACGAACCCACAAGCGCUUGGCGUCCCCGUUAGGCUGUGUUGCUGGUAAUAGCUCAGAUUCCACUCACGGCAUUCCUUCCUUCUAUGUAGAAGACAGAGUUCAGCCAGCUUCUCAGCUUCAUGCAGAAGAUAAAGGGUUCAGCUAGCAGAAUGAACUGAGACGAUUUCUCCAAAAUAGUGAAAAAACAGUAAUGGUUAUUAAUCCAUUGUAUAUACUCUAUGUACAAUUCAUCUGGUCGAUCCAAAGAGUGGCUUCAAGGGUGGUUUCCUUUUUGCAAGGUUUUCAACUAAAAAUCUGAGACAUCAUGGGAGAAAUACAAUAAAGUGAGAACAAACACAAAAUCAUCAUCAGUUCAUAUUAUCAUUUCCGUAUAUCACUCUUCAAAUCCAUUAAAAAAAACACCCAUGAUCAAAAAGAGCACGCCGCUUCACCACGCUCCAAAAAGUAGGCUGACAAAUGAUUAGGUACGAUGUAACCUUUUGACCAUCGGAAGGCUUAGCAGCCGGGGAGCCCCUGACCUCACAUUAACAAUCUAUAUAAAUUGCGCUCCUUAUAAUAUGAUAUCCAUAUCAUAUAAUGCAUCCGUGACCAGUCUAUAAAUGGAGGCUUCAUCUGUUCAUGGUCAUCACAACCCAUCUUCUUCACUCUCCAGCAGCUAGCUAAACCCAGUUCACAGUCCAACAACAACAAUGGAGUCCAAGGAGUCCAUGCCUCUGCUGACUCCACACAAGCUAAGCCCCUCGCUCUCCCUCUCCCACAGAAUCAUCCUGGCCCCGCUAACCCGUAAGCGCGCCUACGGCAACAUCCCACAGCCACACCAAGCGACCUACUACGCUCAGCGGGCCACCGCCGGCGGGCUGCUGUUGACUGAAGCCACGGGCGUCUCUGACACGGCACAGGGGUACCAUGACACGCCGGGGAUUUGGACAGCGGAGCAGGUGGACGCGUGGAGGCCCGUCGUGGACGCCGUGCAUGCCAAGGGCGCCGCCAUCUUCUGCCAGAUCUGGCAUGCCGGGAGGGUGUCGGCAUUCGAGUUCCAGCCCGGCGGGAAGGCGCCCGUGUCGAGCACCGCGAAGGGUGUCAGCCCGCAGAUGAGCGUUGAUGGUCGCCUUGAGGAGUUCUCGCCGCCCAGGAAGUUGGAGGUCGACGAGAUACCCGCGAUCGUCGAUGAUUUCCGGAAGGCAGCCAGGAAUGCCAUUGAUGCCGGGUUCGACGGCGUGGAGAUCCACAGCGCCUACGGGUACCUCAUCGAGCAGUUCCUCAAGGACAGCUCCAAUGACCGCAACGACGAGUAUGGCGGCACCCUUGAGAACAGGUGCCGCUUCGCGAUGGAGGUGGUCGACGCUGUUGUGAAGGAGAUCGGUGGCGACCGUGUGGGCAUCCGUCUUUCCCCAUUCGCCGACUACAUGGACUGUCACGACUCCGACCCGCAUGCCCUCGCACUGUAUAUGUCCACCAAGCUCAACGACCACGGCGUGGUGUACCUCCACAUGAUCGAGCCGAGGAUGGCCAUGGUGGAGGGAAGGCGAGUUGUGCCGAAGCGGCUGCUGCCAUACAGGGAGGCGUUCAAGGGGGCGUUCAUCGCCAAUGGAGGGUACGACAUGGAGGAAGGGAACAAGGCAGUCGAUGAGGGGUACACCGAUCUUGUGGCCUUCGGUCGACUAUUCCUGGCGAACCCGGACCUGCCCAGGAGGUUUGAGGUUGGGGCGGAGCUGAACAAGUAUGACAGGAUGACUUUCUACACUUCCGACCCCGUCGUCGGCUACACCGACUACCAAUUCCUCCUCGAGUGAUCCCUGCAAGUGCAAUUCUGUUGUUGUGGCAUGCCACAUGUACCGAUGCAUGUUCAUUUUUUGUGCCUCGUCCAGAAUAUAAUCCAUCCAUCUGUCUUGUUAUUGUAGGAUCCACUGGCUAGAAUAAAGCAGGUCUGAUGAUCGAACAUCCAUACGUGCAGUAGCACUUUCAAAAAUAGAAUCCACAUACGGAAACAAAAUAAUAAAUGACGCUUGGCAUUGCCCACCCAUGACCUGAACUGGGCGUGUA